AUGCACGUAUGGACUGCUAGCAGAGACCCACGCUAUCCAAAAUGCCUGGGCCGUCCAUACGAAGGCAGUCCAGAUUUUGCGCCGGUGCCGUACCUUUCAGAAACAACCAUCACGAAGAUAGUCUCAGGCGGAUAUAUGAGCGCAGCGUUAAGCUCAGAAGGCGAGUUGUUUUUAUGGGGCCAGGCAUGUCCUGGAUCAAAGGGAGAACUGAGGGUGCUGAGUGGGAAUGGCGCGGAACGUGUGUUCCCGAAUGGAAUCAGUGCCGAAGGUGAGCAAGACGAGUUUGUCAACUGCUUAGAGGUCUGGAUUGAGGGUCAAGAGGCCCGUGUGUACGAUGUAGCGAUCGGUUAUGGACACAUCCUAGUCGCAGCGGAGCUGGCGGGAUCUGGGCGAAAGAAGAAAAGAGUUGUGUAUGGUGCGGGAGACAACAGCAGGAAUCAGUUAGGUCUAGGGGCGGAGAAGAACUUCUUAGACACGUUUGAAGAAGUCGUGGCUUUGCGAGGCAAGCAAGUUGCCCAACUAGUGGCAGCAGGAUGGUCCAGCUUUGUUGUGUCACUUGAUCAGUAA